CCCAAACCCUUUUCGCCUCUACUUCUACUCCUCCUCCCCCCACCCCACCCCACCCAGCCCACCGUCGCAGAAGCACACGCGCAGACAGAUUGGAACCGGAGAGCUCGAUCUGAUAGCACAAGCUUUCGAAUCCCUUCCGGCGGAAGGAAUGGCGGAGGAGAAGGGGACGCUGCAGGCGAUGAGGGGGUGGGUCGUGGACCACAAGCUGCGGGCCGUAGGGACGCUGUGGCUCACGGGGAUCGCGGGAUCCAUCGCCUACAACUGGUCCAGGCCCGGGAUGAAGACCAGCGUCAAGCUCAUCCACGCCAGGCUUCACGCUCAGGCCCUCACUCUGGCUGCCUUGGGUUGUUCUGCGCUUGUGGAGUACUAUGAUCACCAGUCAGGUUCAGGAUCAAAGGUUCACGACUAUGCAAAGCAGUUCCUUCCAUCGGACAGAAACGCCAAAAAGGACUCCGUGUAGAAGAGGCAGCAAGUUAUAAUAUAGGCUUCCAUUAGCUGAUAUGGAAUUUGUUGAUGUUAUUUUCUGAGCAAACAAUCUGGCAUUUCACAUGCCGUUAUCCAAGUUCUGCAGGCUUCCUGUUCUCUGUAUAAGCUACCGAACCAGCAUUUAGAUGCAGCCGUAUGCAAAUCCGUGGGGAUGGAAAUAUGUGCUUUCCUGAACCGUGCAUGAAUGUAAUGAAUGAAAUGUUUCUCUCUUA